AGUCAUUGAGCAGAAAUACCUUUGAUUGAUUAUUUGGAGCUUCUUUUUACCAAAUCGUUUCCUCCUAUCCAAUUUCCACCGCGGACGUCCUUGAAUUCUUCUUCAUUUCCUGGUUGACGAUUAAAUAUCCAUCACUCCAUGGAAGACACCUCCUCCUAUGAGGUUUUGGUUUGAUACACCUAUUGAUAUAGUGGAGAGAGCUAUGGCAGAGGUCAUCGACAGGAAGACGUAUCAAGAAGUACUCAAAGAUAUGCUCCCGUCUGGUUCUUCACUCCCUGAAACACUAAACCCUGAUUAUUCCAUUGCCAUUGAGUACAAAGGACCACCAGUGUCAUAUGAGGUCCCCAAAAUUGAUCCCAUAAAAGUACAGCCCUUGAGAAUAGCUGCUGCUGCCUUGGCUGAACCUUUAUCGAAUGCAACCCUUGUGAGCUCUUCUGCUCUUCCCAUUGUAGAACCAAUUCACUUACCGUGUUCAAAUAUUGCUGUAACCAUUGGUCCCCUUGGUCAAACCUCUGAAUCAGUCAUAGAGAACAAUUUUCAUCAUGUAUCAGGCGAACUCACUAGUUCUAAAGAUUUGGAUUCACCUCAUUCUGUAGGUUCACUGAGCCAUAGGGAUAUGGGUUCAUCUCAUUUUGUGGGUUCAUUGAGCUGUAGGGGUUUGGCUUCAUCUCAUUCUGAGAUUUCACUGAGUCAUAGGGAUUUGGGUUCACCUCACUUUGUGGGUUCGCUUAACCAUUCUCGGGACAUGGCGGUGGUCACUAGAUCUUCUGAAAGUCCAAACUCUCUAUCCAACUCAUGUUCACCGUCGCCUGACCAUACCCAAAGUCCCCCAACUCACCCAUCUAUGCCCACCAUGAACGAAGUUAAGAAAAACCCAAUUGUCACGUUCGAUACUAUUAAUGCAUCUGGAAGGAAAGAUGCUCCUUCUCAUCUGAAUUUUAGAGAGAAGCAAUUUGUACAGUGUAUUCAGCUUGGGACUUUAGAGAAGGAGAGGAAGAAAGGGGUAUGUAGUAGGUGUGGAAGAAAGAGCAGGCUUAAAGAGAGAGAGCCUUGCUUGGUUUGUGAUGCAAGAUAUUGUUGCAAUUGUGUGCUUCGGGCAAUGGGUUCUAUGCCUGAAGGAAGAAAAUGUGUGACUUGCAUUGGGUUGCCUAUUGACGAGUCUAAGAGAAUGGUAUUGGGAAAAUGCUCAAGGAUGCUUUGUCGCCUUCUCAACCCCUUGGAGGUGAGGCAAAUCAUGAAGGCUGAGAAAGAAUGCCCUGCAAAUCAGCUUCGACCUGAGCAACUUAUUGUGAAUGGGAGGGUACUGAGGCAGGAAGAACUCAGCGAAUUACUUGGGUGCGCAAGGCCUCCAAGGAAGUUGAAGCCUGGGAGGUAUUGGUAUGACAAGGAAUCAGGGCUUUGGGGAAAGGAGGGAGAAAAACCAGAAAGAAUCAUUAGUUCCAAUCUGCAUAUAGGAGGGAAGCUUCUUCCUAAUGCAAGCAAAGGGAAUACAGAGGUUUACAUCAAUAAUCGGGAAAUUACAAAGAUUGAAUUGAGGAUGUUGAAGUUGGCAAAGGUGCAAUGUCCACGCGACACUCAUUUUUGGGUCUAUGAAGAUGGACGCUAUGAGGAGGAAGGCCAAAAUAACAUAAAAGGGAACAUAUGGGGAAAGGCAACAACCCGGCUGGUCUGUUCUUUAUUCUCAUUGCCUGUACCACCUGGAAACUGUCACGGGUCAAAGGACGACACUGCUAAUAAUUCUGGUGGAACUGUUCCAGAGUAUUUAGAGCAGAAAAGAAUUCAGAAGCUUUUACUCAUAGGCCUCCAAGGCUCUGGAAGCAGCACUAUUUUCAAGCAGGCUAAGUUCUUGUAUGGGGACAGUUUUUCUGCUGAUGAACUGCAGAAUAUCAAGUUAAUGAUUCAAAGCAAUCUAUACAAAUACCUGAGCAUUUUACUUGAUGGUCGAGAGCGUUUUGAAGAGGAGGCUCUGUCUAUGAUGAAAACACAUGGUCCUGAUGAAACAGUCUCAGAAUCAGUUGGUUCUGGAAACCAAGCGGGGGAACUUGAAUAUAAUUCAAGGCAAUGUGCCUACUCCAUCAACCCAAGGCUAAAGAGUUUCUCUGACUGGCUUCUUGAGAUUAUUGCCAUGGGAGAGAUUGAUGCUUUUUUUCCCGCUGCAACACGAGAGUAUGCUCCCCUUGUAGAGGAGGUUUGGAAAGAUGCUGCUAUCCAAGAAACCUUCAAGAGAAGGGAUGAGCUUCAUUUCUUGCCUGAUGUAGCCAACUAUUUCUUAGAAAAGGCUGUGGAGGUAUCAAGCAAUGACUAUGGACCAUCUGAAAGGGAUAUCCUGUAUGCCGAAGGAGUCACCCUAGGAAAUGGGCUCACGUUCAUUGACUUUGCUCUCGAGGACCGCAGUCCCAUGUCAGAGCCCUUCAAUGAGAACUCUGAAUCUUCACCUCCCCCAAAAUACCAACUGAUAAGGAUGGGCGCCAAGGGCCUGAGCGAGGGGUGCAAAUGGGUGUCCAUGUUUGAGGACGUGCGGGCCCUCCUCUUCUGCGUGGCCCUAAGUGACUAUGACCAAUUGUGGGCUCCCGAUGGGCCCUCUGGCCCACUCAAGAACAAAAUGCUCCACGCUAAGGAGCUCCUCACUACCCUUGCUAGCCACCCGUGCUUCACCAGCACCCCCUUCGUCUUAAUCCUGAACAAAUAUGACUCUUUCGAAGAGAAGGUCAGCAGUGUCCCACUUUCUACAUGCCCUUGGUUCAACGACUUUAGCCCAGUGCGAACCCACCAUACAAACCAAUCACUGGCUCACCAAGCCUACUACUAUGUAGCCAUGAAGUUUAAGGACUUGUAUGCUUCCAUUACUGGGAGGAAGCUGUUUGUAUGGCAGGCUAAGGCUAGAGAGAGGGCCAAUGUGGCCGAGGGGUUUAGGUAUGUGAGGGAGGUGCUGAGGUGGGAAGAGGAGAGAGAGGGGAACUGCUAUGGUGGGGGGCUCGGGGAUGACUCAUUUUAUAGCACGGAUACUAGUUCUUCACCAUUUGUUAGGCAAGAGUGAGAAAAUGUCACUAUUUAUUCUAGGCAGUCAAUAUUCUUGUAGUGGAGUUGUAUCUCCUCUAGAUGUCCUCCUGCCCAUUAGCUCAACUGGUAGGUCUCAGAAACUCUCUCUCUCUCUCUCUACAGAGGUGAGAAAUCCUACACUCAACCUUGAUCUGGCAGGUCUAUGUUAUUUGGGUCGAGUUCUCCAUUGACUCCUCUUGAUGGUCAAUGAAUCUGGGCCGUUCUCUAAGAGGGAAAUUCUGUACUGUAUCUGUAAUUUUGUACAACAUUGAGAUCGAAGGAUUACAGUCGCAAGAGUUGAGAGUUUAUUGUUCU